UGACAACGACACGCCCACCUAGUCACUAGCUGUUUUCUGAGAAAUCGAAAGCUGUACUCAAACAAAAGACGUCUAUGGUGGUACUGUGUCGGUAAUUUUAAAUUUGGUUUUGGUUGGAUAGUUAUUAUCCGUAGAGAAAGCUUGCGUAAUAAAGUGUUCCGCUGCAAGUCCGACGAGUGCUGCAGACAUUUGCGAGAUUAUACGCAGAAGAAUGAGCUAUGAUCGAGGCGAAGUUCUUAAUGCUAGCUGAGAAAGUUGGCUUCUGUGACUGACGCGAUGCAGUCCAAUCUCUCCCGACGAGUGUGCGUUUAUGACCGCCGAUUUGAGGGCAGCAAACGAAAAGAAGAAUGGCUGGUUACGAGUGAUCUGGAUUUUAAGAGCUUUCUUCGCAUUCUGUCUGAGACAUUUUCAGUUCCACUCCAUGAAGCGUUUGUUUUGGUCACUACAGAGAGGACAGUUCUUGAUGCAGAAAAAUACUCGCAAUUACAAGAUGGUGCCACUCUAUACUUGAUGCAGAGAGAGGACCAAACACUAGAGGUGCCCACAGAAGAGCUUAUUUAUUUUACUCCUCAUCACGAUACUGUGGUGGAGAGUGGCACAUAUAAAUAUUACGACAGUGAGGGCAAGAAAGCUCUCCCAUAUGCCCUGGCUGAUCUGGUCGACAACUCACUUUCUGCCACAGUCAAUAAUGCUGCAGGGCGAACAAUAGAAAUACGAAUGCUUUUUGAUGAAAGCUAUGGAAAACCUGCUGUCAUUGUGUGGGAUAAUGGAUGUGGUAUGACUUCUAAACAACUCAACAACUGGGCAGUGUACAAGCUCUCCAAAUUUAACAAGGAAAAUGGCAGAUUUGCAAGUGAUCAAGGCAAUUACUCUCGUCCUGGACAUGUUUGUCGAAGUCUGAACAGCGACAUAUCCUACUUUGGAGUAGGAGGAAAACAGGCAGCUUUCUAUAUUGGGAAGACAACCAGGGUCAUCAGUAAAUCUUCCAGCUCCCCUGAUGUGCAUGAACUUAUUCUGUCCAAAGCAUUAUUUGAGAAAAAGGAAAAGAACAAAGAAGACACUUACAGCACAACCAUCUAUAAUCGUAAACCUGGUGAGUCCUCACACAUUACUAAAACUGUGGACCGUUUCCUGCGUGACCUCAUCACAGAAGAAUAUGAUCACCAGAGCUUCACUGCUGUUGUUAUUACUGAUGUCGUGAAAGAGCACAUCACUUUUCUCAAGGAGAAUUUUGAAGUGUGGACGAGGCAGCUUGCACACAUAUACCACUAUUAUUUACAUGGACCCAAUGGGAAUAUUCAAGGAGCAGUACCAAAAUCAAGCACUCUAGAUUCUGAACAAAUCUCCAAAAUCAACAUUCUGGUCACUCUCAAGACAAAAAAGAGUUCUUGUGUAGUUAAUCUCAGAGACAUUGGAACAGACCUACAGAGCUUGUACAUAAAGGCUGCUGUUUCUACAUUUGAGUUCAGAGCUUGUACUAACCCAGAGGCAGGUAUCGUGGAGGGGAUACUACGGUACCACCCCUUCCUAUACGACAAGGAGACAUACCCUAAAGACCCUGAUGCCCAGGAUGCUCCUGAUGUCCUGCAUGGAGAUGUUGAAGAAAAUGAGUAUAAUACUGACAUCAAUGCCCAAAAGCAAAAGAAGCCGGUCUUUGAAUGCUAUUGGAAUGGACGUCUUAUUCCAUACACAACAGUGCAAGACUUUGAUUGGUGCAGCCAGCCUUCUAAAGGAUCCAAAGUACCGAUUGAGUGUUACAAUCGCUUCUCUGGUGUGCUCUUCACAGAUGACACAUUUAAAGUCACUGAGAAUAAACUUACCUUCAUAGACCUGGAGCAGAAACUCAAAAACAAAGACACAAUAUUCACGGUUGUUUUGAAGGGACAGAAUCAAAGAACUAACCUCCAAAAAGAGUUUAGUCAGUGGCUACAAUCCUGUCAUGAAAAAUUUGACAAACAAGUGAAGUUUAUGAACUACCAGGGCACAAUCUCACGGAAUGAUAUACCAACCAAGAGGAACCAGUUUCCAUGGACCACAUUCUCGAAAAUAGAAUGGGAUGGCAAAAUUUACCAGGCGGGCGAUUAUAUCAAGUCUCUAAAAACCGCUCCUAUUUACAAUGGUAAAGUGAAUCGCUUUCUGUUGUUUGGAACACAUGAUCAUGAGGGACAUGUGUACGGUCCUGGAGGUCAGGUGGAAAUUAAUUUGGAGCCCAAAGGACUUUAUGAUAAAGCAAAAAUCAUACCUCUGUCCAAAAUUGACAGUAAUGCGACUGAUGAAGAAAUCAAGAAAAGCAUUAACAAUGAUUCUGCAAAGCUUCCAGACAAACUUGAGGUGACAUGGCCUAAGGGCAACCCAUGGCCAGACAACGCAACCUGUCCAGCUGGAACUGUGUUAGGACCAAUAAAUGUAAAGAUUCUGAAUAAGAAGGGGGAUUCUAUGUCCUGCCUGCCGUCCGUGGGUCGUGGAGUGUUAAAAAAACUGUCAGUUGUGCUCAGACUAGUGCAUCAUGUUCCUAAGGGAGAUCAAGAGAUUUUAGCAGUGGAAGCUGACCAUUCACCAAAGUGGAAUUUUUGGUUUAAAGAGAUCGGGAACAUUUUGGCACUGGGAAAAUAUACAUUGCAUUUAAUUACCAUUCAAACUGAGACCAAAGCCAAUGAAUUUGGAGAAAGACGUCUUCCACAUUUUAAACUUAGGUUUACCAUCAAAGAGGAUGUGGCAAAUCAAUUUGAUGUGGCCGCAAUUGGCUCAACCCUUCGUAUUGGAGUGCCUUUUAACAUCUCUUUGAGGUUUAAGGACAGACACGGUCAUGCUGUUGAACCUCCCCCAGAUUUGAAACCUACACUUCAGUGCAGCGGUUUGGAUGUUACGUAUGAACAAGUGGAAUGUAGAAACAUCAUGUAUAUUAAAAAUGUCAAAGUAAAAGGAAAAGUCAGGAAUCAUCUAGAGCCAAAUCUGCAUGACCUAAAGGUGACAAUAGAUGGUCUCAGAGAGCACUCCAAAACAGUGACGAUUACUGUACUUCCUGGUAACCCACACUCCAUCCAAGUAAUUCCCAAAGAGAACCCAGUCGAGGUGGAGAAUGGCAGUACAAUUAAAUGGAGUGUUAUGGUUCAAGAUGAGGAUGGAAACCCCACUGCAACACCCAAAAUGACUGCUCGAUGCGUUGUUCCACAUCAGCCACCAGCCAACAUAAACUGCAUGGCUGGAAUUGGUGAAUAUGUGAGUAAACCCAUCAAUUUGUCACUUACCCACGGAAAGCCACAAAGCCUUCAAGUUCGAUUCAGUGUUCCUAGUCAAAAGGGUAUAGAGGAAGUCACACGUGAGGUGCUUGUACUGCCCAGUAAAAGAGUCAUUCGUAUCAAGAUCUAUGAAAAGGAUGCGUGUCUUGAACUGAAAAACAACGAGAAAAUCGACUGGAUGGCUGGUGCUGUGUUGGGAAACCUGUACUUCAUGCUUUACGAUGAGGGUGAUAGAGAGGUUCCUAUCACGGCUGAGGUGGCUUCAAAGAUCAAGGCUAACUGGACUGGGAACAUCGAUCAGAAAGAACUGAUGAAAGGCAAGCUCCCUGAUGUUACAGUACCAACCAAAGCUCAUGCCGAUCAGUUUUACCAAGUGUCAUACCAAGACCAGAGUGUUACCGCCUCCUUUAUCAUUGUGCCUAUUCCUGAUGUGCCUGCAGGAUUAAAAGUAAUUCUCCCAAAAUGCAUAGCAAGACUUGGGGAAAUGUUGCCUGGAAACAUAAUCUUAGAGCUUGUGGACCGAUAUGAUAAUGUUACAAAGACAUUGAAACCAUCCUGCGUAAAUGAAAUAAUCGUAGAGGGUGAGGAUCUGGACCAAAAAGCUUUAAAAUUAAAGUUUGAGGAGAGUAGCUGUUCAGUUGUAGUGACUGGUGUGCGCUUCAUCUCUGGGACUCCUGGUUCCAGGGAGAUGAGUUUUACCUUUGGAGAUUUUACAUACCGUACCAGACUCAAAGUGGCUGCAGGAAUUCCUGCAAAGCUUACUCUUAUCAGUGGACAGGCCCAGUUUAUGAAUGUUUUGAAUGGUCAUGGCAUUCCCACACCAUUUGUUAUCCAAUUGUGUGACCAGUGGGAUAAUCCCUCUCCAGAUCAGAGGGUUGUGGUAAAAAUAUUGGCCUCAUCAGAAUUAAAUAUGAGUAUAAAUGUAUCGUCACAGCCUGUGAAUGCAGAAGGACAGGCUUCUUUCACUGUGACUUGUGUGAGUGGACCAAAGGGAUCGUAUGCGCUGAACUUUAAAGGAAUCUUUAAAAAGGAACCGAUACCUGGACCAUCUGUAAAUCUGACUGUCCUCCCUGAUCCUAAUAAACCUGUCAGCUUAGAGGUGGAGUAUGACAAAAGGGCCACUUUUAUCGCUGGCGAGUUGCUUCCUGCAUUUUUAGUGACUGUUAUGUCAGAUGAAGGCAGGCCAAUCAUAACCCGACAAGCUGUGUCUAUGCAAUAUUGGAAGGGAGACUCAAGAAACCCAGGCUCAAAUACACCAAUUGAAUUUCAGUGUUGUGAGCCCAAGGAGAAUGAAAAGAAGGACAUUUUUUAUUUCAGAGAAAAGCCUGUCCCUGAACAUGUUGGGAAAUAUACUAUCCAGUUCUUCUUACAUGACCCUAAAAAUAAAAUAACAUUGUGUAGUGAUCCGAUUCUUGUAAAUGUAGUGGCAAAUAGGCCGAUGAAGUUGGCUCCUGAAAAUCCACCUCCAACACAAGUUGUAUCUUAUAGUGAAGACAUCGCCAAAAGAAUGUUGGUGGAGAACAUGACUCUGAUGAUAAUGGAUCAGUAUGGCAACCCAGCAGGUCAAGGACUGAAUGGGGUUGUUAAGAUCUCUAUAGAAAACUUGAACAGUGCAAGCAGAGAGAAUGUUCCGUUAUUUGAAGAUAAAAGCAUUAAUUGUAGAAUUAAGCUAGAGAAUGGAAAGGCUCAUGUUUCUAAUCUUGCCAUAAUGAAAAAAAGUCCUGGGGUACAUGGGGUCACAUAUAUGGUCCUCUUCAGACCUGAGAUUUCCCCAAGAAUUCCUGGGAGUCUAGAUUCUUAUGAGUUUCACUUCAGCUUUUCCAAUGAUGAAGAGAACCAGAAAAUACAUGUGGCAUUAUGCAGAAAAAGGGAUGCAGUCAAAGACGCUAUUAUCCAAAUUAAAAAACGACAGACACAGCACACGAAACUUAUGGAAGAGUACGAUGGUUUAUUAAAAAAAUUAUCUGAGAAUGAGGCAAACCUGCGAAAUAAACUCAGAAAUGAAUGGAAUGAGGACUUAACAGAAAAUACAUCUAUUGAGAUGGUUGACAGAAUCCUACAUGAAAAGCAGCUUGAAGCCAGAAGCAUUUGGAACACACCCAGAAGAACUUGCAAAAUACCGUGUUACAGUAAAGGACCAGAUGUUAUAGGAAAGGUUGGUCACUUGGCAUAUGUGAUGGAUGAUUUUGAAGCCUGGGUGAUCUCAUGGCACAUCAGAGGUGACAUGGACUGCAUUGUCACCACGACAUAUGCAGCUGCAAAGGAAAUCCUUAGGCUCACCAAUGGCAAGCAGCAGAUUUUGCCCAUCGAAGGAAUUAACCCCUCUUAUAAACGCCCCCUCUUACCAUUACCCCAUAUACAAAAUGGUCGGGUACUUUUUGCUCCAAGGGGAAAUCCACGGUAUGCGGCAGACGUUCUGAUUUACCCAGACAACCGCGCAGACUGUGAGAUUGUAUUUAGGACCCUCCUGGGGAGGACCAUCUUGAUUGAUGACCUAGACUCUGCAAACCAUUACAGACAGUCUGUGGUGAGAUGCAAUGUGAUGUGCCCCACCAUCCUCACCAAACAAGGGGAGAGGGUCAGUGCCAGUGGAAAGUUUGGGGGUGCACAGAAUAAAGCUCCACCCAUGCACCAGUUGGAGAUCUUUGGGGCCCCCCUACCUGAGCAUUUCUCAAGCCUUCAAAAAAAUAUAGAGCAUCUCAAACAGUACAGAGUAGCUCUUGAAAAAAAGCUUCAACAGAUAAAGGAACAGAAUGACACAUUUAGUAUUUUGGAGCCUAAAAUCAAGAAGAAUAGGGAGUCUUUGGGGAUUAUGGACAAACAACUGCAAGAGAUUGAAAUACAACUUGCAACCCCACUCAAAAGGGUUCAUGACAGCGGUGGUGAAACGUCGGGCAUUACUACCAAACGAGCAAAACUGGGAUCAAAAUAAUCCCAUUAAAAUGCCAAAUUACUGUGAAAAAAGACCAUAUAAUGUGGGUACAUUGCAUUAUUGUUUUUGUUUUGUUUUGUUUUUACAGUGCUAGAGUUUUAAAUAUUUUUACUGCACACUUUUUUGUAUAAGUAAGUAUAUAUUGGUUUGUUUUAACAAUUAUUAAAAUCGAAAACAAGCAAUAA